AUGCCAGCCUUCAUUCGAGAAUCAUCACCUCAAUCCGACUUUCCAUUAAAUACGGACAACCGCUACGUCGUCGGACUAGGAAUUAGCGCCAUGAUGAUCGUUAUUUCAAGCACCCUAGUCGCUUUGCGCUUUAUCUCUCGUCACAUCACCAAGCCCAUCGGAUGGGAUGACUGGUUCUGCUUGAUGUCUUUAAUAUUUGCUUAUGGUAUUCUGGUUACUACUGCCUUAUCAGGAACUGUUGGUCGUGCCGGUUACCAUAUCACGGUGGAUACCACUGACGGCUUAGCGAAGUUUUACAAAAUCACACUGGCCAACCGAGUCAUCUAUUUAUCGGCUAUAUCAACGUCGAAACUAUCUAUCUUGCUCUUCUUCCGCCGAAUAUUCAGCGUGAAAAGGACUUUCAACGUCGCAGUCUGGGUAGUUUUUGGCCUGGUCGCCAUAUAUUGGAUUGGUUCGGAACUCACCUUGAUCUUUAAGAAGAGUCUCAACCCGAUCAUAGCCCAAUCGAGAUCCUGGCUUCCGAUCGUGGAAUUCAUGGAAGGUGAGGACGGGAAGUUCUGGAUGGCAAUGGGCGUUAUCAAUAUCGUGCUGGAUUUUAUCAUUCUCUGUCUACCCCAGCCGUUGGUUUGGAAGCUUCGCAUGGAUACGAAACGUAAGAUUCGGGUCUCUGUGGUACUUUGCCUUGGGGUUUUGUGA